AUGAUUUAUCUUUCUGCUUAUUUGAUUCUGCAAUUCUUAUCCUCCAUUUAUUUGCUUGUCCAGUGUGGUGGUGGUGGCAAGAAGAAAAAGGUGACCCCCAAAAAGGGAUCUCCGGCUGCCAAACCGGGUGAAGCGGCUGUGGCGACUGCAAAGCCUGAUACUGUCAAAACGGACAAGACGGCGAUUGAGGACAAGAAAGAGGCUGAGAAACCGUCUGAAGAGAAAAAAGUUGAUACAGCAGCAUCUACGCCAAAGCAAGAAGGUGGUGACAUAAAACUAAGUGCCAGCAGUCUUGCCUGGGAUGCAAAACAGUCUCAGCAGGUAGGGUCUAUCGUCAUUAUCAGUCACCUUUGCCCGAACGGUGAAUUGGUAGGGCAUAAGGUAAUGUAG